AUGCUCACAACGCCACGACGAGGUAAGGUUUCGUCCGCAAAUCAGUGUAAAAUGUGUGUGGAAAUGUGGAAAGCGUUGAAUCCUGAAGUGAUAUCUAUGCAAACGAAGUGUAAAGCGAACAUGUCACGGGCCGACCCAAUGAUUGGCACCUAUCCGACGACAAGACAUUGCCAUUUGUUCGAUUACAAAACAAAAGAGGUUUCUGACUCUGAAGCGAGAAUUGGAAGUCAGCAACAACGGUUUCUCUUUGUUUCCCACCGGAAAUUGCAAAUAGCCGCUUCCUUAUUGUCGGCUUCUUAUCGGAAAACUAAUUCCUGAAAUUAUGAUUCAGACGAGCUUUGGCAAAUUUUUUCGAAUCAUUGUCGAUAGUUUCACUUUGUAAGCUUAUUACCACAAACAUUUUCGUCUUGCGUCUCAAUUCGCUAAUUUCGCCCACUUCGUACAGUAGGUGUUUGUUGUCUGCCUGCCCCGUUUUGCCUUUGACUGUUCGAAACAACUUCCUGUCUCCUUUUCAUCUUCUUCCGCCCUCUUCCGCCAGACCAUCGCUAUAUACUUUGCAUUGUUUUUGGUUUUAGCGCGGCGGUGGGCCACCACAGGAAAUGUUUCCGCGCGGAUUCACGCAGGGCGGCUUCUCUCAAGUAUCCACUGCUCCGAGCCGCACACACUUUUCGCGCUUUUGUUCUUUGCGUUUUCUUAGUUUUUGAACAUGCUCGCGGCAGCUUGAGCAGAGAUUCGGCCAGUUUCUAAUCAGUCCUUGCUCUUUUCCUAGAUAAUUCGCUUCUAUUUCUCAGUAAUACAGACAGAAGCCAACUUUCUUCUCUUCUCAAUUUCGACGUCGAUGCGGUAACGACCUCACCGAAUUGCGGGUCGUUUUUGCGGAACAAGAGGAAAGAACACGGCAGGGUGCCACCAUUUACACUGUCCUUCGCAGGCGACAACGAAGGCGUAAAAGUCAAGUUCUUCAGCCAGCAGAGUGUAUUCAGUCGUUUACCGCACAGUUUUUUGUAUACAUUUCAUUCGAGACACAUUUGCAAAAGAAAUUGUAGACUGAGAUCGGGUAUGUCGAAAAUUCCAAUUUGAAUUUUCCAAUAGCUUAACGAAUUACGCCGAAGCUAUCAUGUUUAUAAUUUUCAGUAGAGCUCAUCAGCUACACGCCAUGACCUGGUUUUACUGAGUGUUUUUCAACAUUCUGUCGUCUAUUGGUUUUCUGGAAAACAUAUUGUCUAGUGCUCACUUGAGACUCCUCGAAUAUUAGUCUUUCAUUGUUGCGUUAGCACCUCCGCAACACUUCCGAUUAACUAGCACGUCAAUUAUUCAUCUGUACACCACCACAGCCACCUCCCAUCAGAUGUUGCACUACCGCCCAAUUGUGCACACACACAAUUGGAUCCCACCGAUGUAUGUCGUACAUACCUAAUCCUCGGGGUACACGAUCAGAUUAGCCAUGUGGGAACUUGCACCGAUACCAUCGCUUUGCUUCGACCUCAGAAACGAAGAUUUUCCUUUUCUCCCUUCGUCAGUAAUCCUUUUCGCUUUUUCGGCGCGACCACACGAGAUCUCGUCAUUUCUUGAUCAUCAUUGUCAACACCUUUUUGGGGUAAAACGCACGAGACCUUGGACCGACUGUCUCGUUCUGUGCGCCAAAUCGCUUCUGACAGUUUGACAGUUUACUGGGAAAUGUUCAGUUUUGGCCCUAGAACUGGUAUGCCAUGUGCCAUGCCACGAAAUCUAAAGUCAGUUCCGAUUUGUGUCACUACUAGGUCACGCCCACUCGAUUCUGAAGCAGAAUUCAUUCUUGCGGAUUCUGAAGUUUGAAUGAAUCCAGUCAGUUUACCCCUCCUCGUAACCUAUUAUUCGUCCACUUUACAGUGAAAGUCAUCCGGUCUCUACUCUACGUUACCUGCACAGAAUUAAGUGGUCAAUUUCAUUUUCAUCCUUCAUUCUUCCAUACAUUUCACUUAGUUCAUUCGAAACGUCAGCGGCUUCUCCCUCCGUCAUUUAGUACUUCAUAGAUCAUUUUUCCGGACACUUUCCCCCCGUCCUGCAUAUUCCAUUCCGUUUUGCUCAUCGAUCAUUUCCGUCCCCGCGCCAUCGGCUCAUUUGUCUUCGAAAGUCUCUAAGGCCUGGGCGAGCAGAGAAUCAGUUUUACAAUGCCGCCACCGGCUGUUGCUGUCUGUGUUGUUGUUGCUGCAGAGCCACGUCAUUCAUUCAUAUGCAACAUGCCUCACAUAUCAUUUUGUGGUGACCGCCUGUUGGUCAGUGGUGUCUUCCCCAACUUUUGGCGUCGAAGUCUUGCUGGCAACGCAAUUCAAACUGAAAACCUACUUCUUUUUGUUCCACAAAAGGCACACUAAAAUGUAAAUACGCACCUAGCGCAUGUCACUCUGUCCUACUUCUUCCCGUCAUUAAUUGCCAUUCCGGUACACGUUGUUUUGUGUCCAUUUCCGACAGGCUCCCUUUUUCCUUUUUUCUCUCCGCUCCAUAUGACCUUCUUCUCCUCGUUUUCUUUCGUCGUCCCAUUCUGCUAACGGACCAGCUAAGGCUAUAAAUCUCCAUGAGAAGAGGGGGCAGAAUAAGAAUACAAAGAAAAAAGAUGAUGAAGAAGAAGAGACCUUUUUGGUCGGUCACCUCCUUCUCCUUUUGUUCCGUCUAUUUGUAAUGACAGUAGAAGCAGCUGACUGACUGGCUUACGGACUGUCUCUUGUGAUCUUUUGUAUACUCACAAAAGUUUUGAAACAAAACGUCGUAUAGUGUCCGUCCUUUUGUCAAAUACUGGCAAGUUUGAAAGUCCAGCGUCCGAUCCUGAGUCACACGCUCCGGUACCAGGCACCAUACUGAAUCAGCCAACGUCAGCUUUUUCUUGACCACCCCCUUUACUUUUUGUACAGAUUGUCCUCCAUUUUACCUCAUCUUCGAUGAAAAGAAGACCAAUGGUCUAUCUCCCUCUCUCAAAAUGGUAAUUCAUCGUGAAUCGAAUCGGACAAGAGUUUUUCAUUGGUUUCGCCAUAGACCCCCUCCCCUUUUUUUCCAACUUCUUGUCGCCCAUCUCAAGGUCCUUUGUCGCCCGUCUCUCUCGUUUGAGAUGGUCGUCACAAAGCGCCUUUCGGCUUCACUCUUUGCUUUUUUUUUGAUUAGCAGCGGCACGUCUCUUUGGCGGAAAUCUAUCGGGGGUGUAGAAGGUGACAAUGAACUUUCGGGGGGCGGGAAGUGUCUUUGAUCUGUUUCGUCGUUGUGUCACCGCAAUGAUAACAUUGCGCAACUCCUUUUCGCCAUCGGGUUCUGGUGAUGUUUGCCACGUGAUUGUGUAAGUUAUUAGUGUAUUAUCUCUGUUCGACUCUGUAAAUGGUGGCACAGUAUCAGAUUUUGUAAAAACAUACGGUAUGAUUCAUACCUGGUAAUUUUCUGUAGUACACAAAUAAACGCUUCACGUUACGGUUUGAAAUAUUUCAAAGCCUUCACGUUCAUACGCCACCUAUCUCACUAGUCAACCAAUAAAAAAACGGAAAGCAGCUUGUGCGACCACUGACCGAAUUGCCAUACUUCACUCUCUCCGCUUCAACUUUCACCACCAUCACCAUAUUCUCCGUCGACUUCUUCUCAUUUCCACCUCGUUCAUUCUGAAUGCAAAUUGUCUCUGUUUUCCAAAAAAAAAUAUCUAAACCAUCUGCUUUCUCAGUGCCAUAUGCUCCUUGGCUCUCUCAGAAAAAGACAGGUCGGUCAGUGGUCGUGAACCGAACCAGAUGUGGGUUGGCACUGAAGAGGGUCGGAAUCGUGGGCUCCUUCUCACAUUUCUCACAAACCGAAUAGUGCCUUCACACUCAGAAUGCGUGUGUGUGCCGUGAGCUGUUGAGUAAACGCAUUUCCGGACGGAUUAUCCGCUAGGCGGCAUCGCGCAUCAGGAAGAAGAGUUGAAAGCGAAAGAGAGAGGGGGAGAGUUAAGGGCGGAAGGGAGUGUCAAAUGUUAUUUUAUUUAUUUGAUAUAUAGAUGCGCAUAAUCCGUGCCACGAUUCCUUGCUCCGAAGGCAGUAUGCUUGAUAAGCCGGAAAGUCAUACUCUUCGGAGCCUUCAGUAUCUUUGCAUCUUUGCAUCUUGACGCUUUCGCUCGUUGCCAGUCUUGUUUCAAUUAGAUGAUAAUGAUAUGUGGGAUGUUGAUCCUUAGUUGUUACAGCCAACAUGUCAUCGGAAAGCAGUUCGGUGGCAUCCACAGUCCACUACGCGAAACCAGUCAUCCAUCGUCAUCCGACGACCAGCGCAGGAGGCACUCCCUCCUCAAUCGGAUCUUCCAGCAGUGGAUCCUCGUCGUUGUCCUCUUCCAAACAGACUCCUCGUUAGUUUUUUUUCGAACGCCUUCAAAAACUGGAACUACCGCAUUUCAGCUCGGUCCCCAGUCAUUCGGUAUCCGACAGUGGUGGUCGGCAACAAUUCGGCCGUCUCGACGCCUUCAUCCAUCAUCACUCCGCAGGGAACACCCUCUUACGCAGUCCCAGUCGCCAGAAAUGUAAGAUUUUAAAGUUUUUUGAAAGAUGGGAACGUAUACAAAUAUUUCAGCAAUUACAAUACUCGGCCUCAAAACUGCAAUACGAGCACAUGAAACAUCGGUGCAAAAUGCUCGACGACGAGAAUCAGAAGUUGAUGCGAAUGCAAUCCGACGUGGUGAACGACGCGAAUCGCAGGGUUCAGGUACGUCUUUUGCGAUCCCCCCCGGCAGCACUUCACUCCCUGCUGUCUAGUCCCCGGCUGCCCGCCCGCUCCGACUGUAUUAUUUUUGAUAUCAAUUUCAAUCAUCUUUUCUCGCCCUCUGGAGCUUCCGCUGCGGCGGCUCUUUGUUUGCUCUUUCGGUGCUCUUCAUCCCAAAACUGACCCUAAUUAAUAGAUUCUCCAAGAGAAAAUAGCUGCUCUUUGCUAUGUGCUCUUGGUUUUUUGGCAACUUUUUGAGUCCGGAUGAGCGUAGGGUAAGUUUCAGAUAAAAAUUACGGUUUUCUUGUAGAACUUCUAAAAUCAUAGUUUCAGAUGCACGUGAAUGAGAUCCGAAUGCUGAAGGACGAGAACCGAAAGCUGACGACGAGCAACAAAGAGCUCCGCGAUUUGUGCUGUUUCCUCGACGACGAUCGUCAAAAAACACGGAAAUUGGCUCGAGAAUGGCAGAAGUUCGGGCGGUACACAAGCAACCUGAUGAAACAAGAAGUGCACUCGUACCACCAAAAAAUGGGAAACAUUGAGGAGAAACUGAGCACAAAAGAGCGAGAAGUGGACGAGUUGCGCCAAUUGUGCAUGUACCUGGACGAGCAGAGACAGAGCCUCAUGACCGGAGCACAUCACAUCGACGACGGAGACAAUGAGAGCGAGGAUCUGGGGUGCGGAAGCAGCGAGCAGAGCGGAGGUUCGGAAGGACAUCAGGAGGAGGAGAAGCACGCGGACGCCAUCUUCCAGAAGUGCUUCAACAAGCACAAGGAGCACACUCUCCGCCGGAUCAUGGCCACUUCGAUGUGCUCGGAACCAUCGGAAGAAGAAGAGAGGAGGGAGGUGUCUAAAAGGGAACGCUCCCGACUUCUCGGAUACAUACAAUCGCUGGAGAACAGAAUAAAGCACUUGGAGAUGUCACAGAAUCAUGUAGGACUUUCCGUUUCCAUCUUUUCUAUAUAAAUACAAUUCAGGAAAGCUUCUGGAACUCGUCCUCGAACGUCGGCUCCGAAUGCGACGAAAAAACGAUAAUCGAGCGAGGAUGGAUGAACGACGAAAUGAGCAGCGACGGAGGGAUUCUGGAGGAGAAGCAGCAGCCGAUGAGCACGUCUUCCGCUUCUUCUUCGCACAUCGUCGGCGAGAAACUGAAUAUGUUCGACUCGAUGACGAGCACGAUGACGUCUUCUGGAUGCACCACUUACGCCAGUUCGGGAACUGACGGCGAAAGCGUUUUUGUGAUGGGCGAUGAGAUUGGUGAGUGUUUUGGCGGUGAUUCCCAAAUGUCACGCUCAAAUUAGGGUUCGCUGCAGAUAUCGGAAACCUGGAAGUGCGUACAUUGUCCCGAAUCGAAGAAGAGCACAUCUCGACGAGUGACAGCCUGCGGGAGAGUGCGAGAAUGCCCCCGAAGAUCGCGCCGCCCAUCUGUUCCUCGCUCGUCCUCACCAACUUCGACUUGUCCGACGACGAUUCGUCCCCAAAACUCCAACGGAGCGCUUCCGAAACUUGCCGUCCGACGACCUCCCUGAUCUCCUCACUGACCACCCUCCGGAGCGUUUCCGUCGAGAAAAACAAUAAUAUUAAUAUUAGUCUUCAACAUUAA